AUGCACUUAACGAAGGAAGCACAACGAGGGCAGCUCAACGAGGGAAAUGCACUUAACGAGGGAAGCACAACAAGGGAAGCACAACAAGGGAAAUGCACUGAACGAGGGAAGCACAACGAGGGCAGCUCAACGAGGGAAAUGCACUUAACGAGGGAAGCACAACGAGGGAAGCACAACAAGGGAAAUGCACUUAACGAGGGAAGCACAACAAGGGAAGCACAACAAGGGAAAUGCACUGAACGAGGGAAGCACAACGAGGGCAGCUCAACGAGGGAAAUGCACUUAACGAGGGAAGCACAACGAGGGAAGCACAACGAGGGAAGCACAACAAGGGAAAUGCACUUAACGAGGGAAGCACAACGAGGGCAGCUCAACGAGGGAAAUGCACUUAACGAGGGAAGCACAACAAGGGAAGCACAACAAGGGAAAGGCACUGAACGAGGGAAGCACAACGAGGGAAGCACAACAAGGGAAAUGCACUGA